GUGUGGUGAAAAGGAAAAGAAAAAAAGUUAGAACUGUUCCGUGAACAGCAGAGAGCUCAGAUAGUGUGUAGUAGGCACGGCGACGGAAAAUAUUCAGAACACUAGCCAGGCAAUAGGCUUUAAAGCGAAUGUUAACCUGCGUGAGUCACUCUGUAACUACAGGUUCACUUGUCUCUACUGGAUUUGACUGCUGAGGGGGUGCUGCUGACUUUAGGUUGAAGUUUGCACACCUGAGAGGAUCUCUAAUAGUGUAGUUUACAUGCGGCUCAAGAAUAAUAAAGGCACAUAAGAAAUAGGGGGCUACAAGCAGGGCUAACCCACAACAAAAUAUUUAUUCAACUGGCAAUAUCCGUGAGGUGUUUCAGGUUAGUUUAGAGGAGCAUAAUUGCACUUUGCCUACUCUUCUCUGGAUAUCUGCAAUUAACAACGUCUCGAGCCAGAGGAAUUUUCUGUUCUGGUGCCUUUUCACUGCGAGGAUUUUAAAAAAGGGGUUCAGAGCUCAAACAGUCUAUUGAAAUCUUCCUCUUUCCUGGAUCAUGUACCAGGACUACUCCGGGAACUACGACACCUCGUCCCGCGGCAGCAGCACCUCUCCGGCCCAGCCAGAGUCCUUCACAAGCGGCAGCAGCACGAUCGGAAGUCCGAUCUCUACCUCAAGCUACCAGAAGUACAGGGUCGACAUGCCCGGCUCCAACAGUGCCUUCAUACCCACCAUCAAUGCAAUCACGACCAGCCAAGACCUACAGUGGAUGGUACAGCCCACCGUCAUCACCUCCAUGUCCAAUCCUUACACGCGCUCACACCCGUACGGCCAUCACCUGACCAACGGGCCGGGGCUGUUGGGGCACAACACACUGGCUCGGCCCGGGGUAAUCCGCUCCAUCGGGGACGCCAGGGGCCGACGCAAGAGGGACGAACAGCUCACCCCGGAGGAAGAAGAGAAAAGGAGGGUGAGGCGUGAGAGGAAUAAGUUAGCCGCCGCCAAAUGCCGCAACCGCAGGCGAGAGCUCACCGAGAUGCUGCAAGGGGAGACUGAGAAGCUGGAGGAGGAGAAAGCGGACCUGCAGAAGGAGAUCGAGAGCCUGCAGAAGGAGAAAGACAAGCUGGAGUUCAUGCUGGUUGCCCACAAUCCUGUGUGCAAGCUCCCCAUCGAGGAGCGCCACCAGCAAUCAGGGCACCAUCAGCAGCAGCAGCAGCAGCAGCAGCAGCAGCAGUGCGCCCCCCUCCCCCUCACCAUGCGCCCCAACAUGGGCACCCGGGCUCAGAUGAACCAAGUGGUAGUGAAACAAGAGCCAGAGGAUGACGAGGACAAGAUGGGCAAGCUCCAGCGCUCUGUCAUCAAGCCAAUCUGCCUGGGUGGUGGGGGUGUCAGCGGCGGGAUGUACUGCACAGAUGGAGAUAGCCUGAACACACCGGUGGUGGCGGCAUCCACCCCGGCCACCACACCCCACGCCCCGAGCCUCAUAUUCACCUACCCGAGCAUGCUGGAGCCCGACAGCCCCUCACCCUCCUCCGAGUCCUGCUCCAAGGCCCACCGGCGCAGCAGCAGCAGCGGCGACCAGUCCUCAGACUCCCUCAACUCGCCCACCCUCCUGGCCCUCUGAGCGAGGGCUCGGCGCUGCUGAGAAACAAACACUGUGGCUGAAGGCAAGCAUGAGGAUCAACCGCGUGCCCUCCCCACCCCUCCCCUUCAGUGUCUUUUAAAGACCCAAGAGCACAUUCAACAGUCCAGACCAAGCUGACCAUGUGAGCCGUUUCCCUCUCCGCAGGGAGACCCACAAGGGCUACGCCGUGUGUUUCUUCUUGUUCUGCUUCAGUGUACAUUUUUUAUUUGUAAAAGUGUGUGCACCAAUCCUAAGAAGAGUCACCCCUUCGCCAUUUCAACUCCAGAGUGUCAACUUGUUUACUGAGCAGACAGUUCUGAAGAGAAACAUGCCAAAAUCUGGCAAUCGUGAGUUGAUGUGACUGCAAUUAGAGAGCGCGUACUUAAUAUAUUUUUUUGAAAAUGUUUAAAAAGCCAUGUGGCCGACACUUGCACUCUGCCAAGACGAAUCAAUAAAUCACUAAACGAGGUCAGCAUUCUACUGGAAUUUCUGAGGAGAGAAAGAGACAGUAAGCAAAGACUUCCUCUCAUCGUUUUUUCCAUUUAGAUUUGUCCUUUCCUAACUUGGACCUUGAUUCAGGAAUUGCUACGUAGAGUGUGUACACGUUUCUGACGCUAUUUCCAUCUCUUUAAUUGUAUUUAUGGCCUGUGCUGAUUAAAUUUUAUAAAGUGUUUUGUUGAGACAUUGUCUUCUCCUUAAUCUGCCUGUAGAAAAGCAAACCGGUCAUGCACGGUGUGACCAAAGCACUUCUCAGUGUUGCAAAGGAUAUGAGCCAACUUUCAAUCAAUGACUAGUUCUUCAAUACUCUAUACCUUCUAUUUUGCCAUAGUGGCUUGACUUUACAGUAGUGUUGAUGUGCUUUUCCUCAGUGAUUCUGUACCUGAACUUUACAACCUGUUUAUGACAAAGUGUAUGUGAUUUACAUUGAUGUCAGGGAUAUCUCUCAUGUGUAGUCGCACCCCAUCGUGAAGAACGUUGCAGGACUGCAGGCUGUUGUAUGGUCUAGCCAAAGUGUUGCAGAGGUGGUACUAUAUGAUGGGGGGGACGAUAAACUCCAUCGCUUCAUUGUCUCACAUCAAGAAAGGUUUGUCUUUUCCAGCACAGACAUUUCAAAGAUGACACAAAAGUUUGAACAAACCCCUCCUUCACUGGAUUCUGUACUUUGUUUCUUACGCUCUCCAAAUAAAGGUCUAACCUUUUUCAACACUGCCUCUCAGCGCAGGUCAGGUUUCAAAAAGCCAAAAAGGUUUGUAUGACACAUGCAAAUUGUUCGUCUUUGUCUAAAAGGAGGGAUUUUGCUCAAAUUUGAAAAAAGCCACUGUGGUCUAGACUGUCGCCAGCUGCCAAUGAUGUCAACCCUGUUUAUACCGUGUUUGUAAAUCUGUCACUUUUAGUAAAGAAAUGAUGUUUAAAUUCAACGCAGAUGUGCUGAUUUAUGGGUGUAUGAACAUAUGCCAAUGACAAGGUACUCAGUGGAAACUUUGUGAAGCCAUGUUGGCUUUUAACAAGGGCCAGACAGUGAUCACUUUUUGACAAUAAGGAAGGGAUUAGAUGACUCUCUACAGCUGGCCUGAGAUGAAAGAAGAGACACCUUGAGAAGAUGUAAUAUUUUGGGAGAUCUAUGGAGCACUUCUUUUUCAUUAUUUAUACAUGUGUAUCCUAAAGGGAUGAGGGUUUUCAAUACUGCGCACUGAGGACACAACAGCGAUAUUCGGGACUUUUUGUUUUGUUUACUUCAAACAUUCCUAAUGAAUAUAUAAUGUCAGGGGUCACAGUUGGGUGUCAUCUUUGCUCAAACCCUUUUUGUUAUCAGAGGAAUAGAAGUUGGGGUUGGAGACCUUUGUUGCGCUGGAUGCAGAAAAUGGACUUUGCAAUCCAAUAUAAGCUGCUGCUACUUUGGAGAGAAUAUGUUUGCUAUUUAUCAUUUGAGGAUGUUGGGUUUAAGAUCACUGGCUGUGAUAUUACGUGGAUGCAACAGGACAUCUUUAAUCCUGUAUGACAACAUAAAGAGGCGAAAUGAUAACCAAAAACAUUACUGUGGGCGAGUCUGAUAUGUUUGUAUGUUGAAAUAUUCUGGAGCCCCUCGACACGCGUAGAAAAAAGCCAUUGACUGUAGAUCUUCUGCUGUACAUGUCAUCUACUGUCUGUCGCCUGUUUUCAACUACUCUUACUUCUUUUCCAAACGCUUUAACUGUUUAAAAUGAUUCAAAAUUAAUAAAAAACAGCAAUAUGUA